ACCAAUUCCUGUCCAUUAUGUCGGUAUGAAUUGGAAACCGAUGAUCCAGUCUAUGAAGAGCUACGUUUAUACCGUCAAGAUGAACCUAAUCGCCGUCAAAGACAGGACAACUUAAUGGAUUCUAUGUAUUCAUAAUUUCAAUUCUUAUUAUAAGCCAAAAUUCAAAAUAUGUACAAUAUAUAUAAGUAAAACAACG